AUGGAUGAAAUAUAUAUAAACAAAUUAAUUAAAGAUAUUGAAAAAGUUGAAAAAUUCAUACAACAGGCUGAUAAUGCUAUAGAAUUUUUGUUACCUGUGGAAAAUUCAGCACCCUUAGAUAGAAAAAUUUUUGCUUUAUAUCAAAGUUAUUGUAAAUUACCAUAUAAUCCUGAGAAAUCAGAUAGUAUAACAACGGCAGCUACAAAUGUAAUAUUAACAAAAAUGGUUAAUGAAAUGAAACAAGAAUUGGAAAAAGAAGAACCAAAGAAGCAAGAGAAAUUUGAUGAUAUAAUUGAAUUAUUAAAACAAGAUCAACUAGAAAAAUCGAAAUUAAUCAAAGAAUUUUCAUUUGAAUUUAAACCAGAUGAUAAAUCAAGUGAAACUAGAGAAUUACAGAGUGAAUUAACUAGAGAUGUGAAAAAAAUUAUUGCUAAAUUUAUAAAGUAUCUGAAUUUAAAUUUAAAUGAAAAAGACUUUAAAGAAAUUUUACAUGAUGCUAUGCAAUUUACAAAUCAACUUUGUAGAAAUAUUGAAUGGUUAGAACCACCUGCUAAUUUAAGGUUUUUCACUGAAACAUUAGUUAAGAAUAAUGUUUUAUAUUAUAAAGAUGGACAGGUAAAAUUGAUUGUGCGAUAG